CCCUCUUUUCCUUUUUCUUUUCUUUAAUUCUUCGAGUCUUCUUUUUUAGCUUUCUAUGCUUUCUGUUUGCUUUAAGUGCUUUUUCAUUUUUCUCUGUCAAAGUGUCAAUAGCUUCAUAUAGGUCUGGUUGGUUCCUGGGAAAUUUCAAGAGAAAGUAAAAAAGGAAACUUGAGUGUUCUUAUUUACUAGUUUGCGAAGAAAUGAGAUGUUGCAGAAUGCCAAGUCUUUUCCUUUUUCUUUGCGUUCUCUACUUAUCUGCCAAAACAGAAUAAUUUUUUUGUUGUUAUAUUGUUCUAAAUUACUGGCUAUUUGUUAACUGUUUGAUCUUUUACACUUUUUGUGUUUCUACUGUAAUAGUUUCAUCUAGAUCUGAGAUAAUUCUCGUCAAAUUAUAAAAUCCUGUCGCAGUUUUCUUUGAGCUGCCACCGAGUAUUUUCCUUCUUGAUUUUUAAGGCAAUGCGAAUAUCAGUUUAUCUGAGGAUUAUGGAAAAUGCACUAAAUUAAUCAAUACCUUUUCUUUUAAAGCUUAGAAGAUUGGGUCAUGCUGGGAAAAUCAGUACUCUGGAUUUCUUUUUGGUGAUAUGAAGUAGUGACACCGUAAUCAUACCACUUUUUUGAUUUUGAGUGGAAUUCGAUUCCCAGUUUCCUGAUUGUUUACAGCUUGAAUGGAAUCGCCUUCAGUUUAUGAAGAACUGUGGAGUUCAUGGAAGUGGGGAACUGGCUUUAAUUGAUUGUUGGCCUUCCCUCUAAAAGAAAAUAUGAAAUUCGGUUCAAGGAAAGGAUGGAAAUCCAUCAUGCCCCUUCGCUUGAAAGGCAAAUCAGCCACCCGCUUUUCUUUGUUCCCCAAACAAAGGUCAACUGGCUAUGGUCCAGGAAAUGCACCUGUUUAUCUUAAUGUGUAUGAUUUGACACCCAUGAAUGGCUAUGUCUAUUGGGCAGGCCUAGGCAUCUUUCACUCCGGUGUGGAAGUUCAUGGUGUAGAAUAUGCAUUUGGAGCUCAUGACUACCCGACAAGUGGUGUUUUUGAGGUGGAACCUCGACAAUGCCCAGGCUUCAAGUUCAGAAAGUCGAUAUUCAUUGGGACCACAUGCUUGGAUCCCAUUCAGGUCAGGGAGUUCAUGGAGCGGCAUGCUGCAAGUUACCAUGGUGAUACAUACCACUUGAUUGUUAAAAAUUGUAACCAUUUCUGCAGAGACAUUUGUUACAAGCUAACUGGGAAAGCAAUUCCAAAAUGGGUAAAUCGACUGGCAAAGAUAGGUUCAGUAUGCAACUGCAUACUUCCUGAAUCUCUAAAGAAAUCUGCUGUGCGACAUGAUCCUAAUAGCCAACCCUAUGAUAGUGAAAGGAGAAGGUUGAGAAGUGCUUUCUGCAGCCUGUCUUCAAUCUCGAUGCGACAAAAGCAAUUGUCUACUUCUUCAAUGUUUCUACAAUCACCCUUGAAAGGCUGCUUGCCAUGGGAGCUGAGAAGGUCUAUCAAUGGUUCCUUGAAGGAAAGAUGAAAGAAUAUGCAGAGAGGCUCUUAAUGAUCUGUGGGUAUUCUGUUGAUAAGCUGAUGGAGGGAGCAGCUGAAACAAAUGGUUCAUUCUUCUGCUGUGAAAACCAUUAGGAUGCUAAUUUUUAGUUCUCAAAUAGCCUGAGAGCAAGCUUUGCCAGAUCAACCCAACGCCUUUGUUUAAGUGUUAUGAAGUUGUGUUUCAUCCUUUUCUUUUCGUGUCAAUUGCCAUCCUCGCUAAUACUUGUAGAAGUUAUGCUCGUUCCUCGCUCAUGUUUUGUUACCACUGCCCGUUUCUGUUUGUAUAUACGACUAAAAUUCCUUCCCUGAAGAGCGAAUUUUUAUUAUUUUUCUCCCUAUGUUGAUGGAUGGAAAUUCAAAUUAAGACAAUAAUUUCAUGAGAGAUGCAAUGGAA